AUCCUACCCACUCACCGCUCCACCAUUUCCAUUUCCAUUUCCAUUUCCACCGCUCUCGUACUCCUCUUCCCCCUCCUCACUCCCCAUGGCGUGGCGGAGCAAACCCUACCUCAACCUCCUCCUCUCCACCACCACCACCACCACCACCACUCUCCUCCUCCUCCUCCUCUUCGUCCUCUCCUCGGCGGGAUCUGCCCACGCUCGCCCGAUCUCGCUCGAUGAUCCCUACAUCUCCGAUGGCGCCGACCCCGCCGAAUCCCUCCGCCGCCCCCAAACGCCCCUCCUCCUCCGCCUCAAUCGCCUCGGCGGCGGCGGGGGUGAAGAGGGGUGCGAACAAACGUACGGGUUCCUCCCCUGCACCACCACGGCGAUGGGGAACCUCUUCCUCUCCGCCACGUACGGGUUCCUCAUGUACAAGGCCGCCACCUACCUCUCCUCCGGGAGCGAGAUGCUCCUCGAGAUCCUCGGCCCCGGCAUUGUUGGUGGCCUCUUCCUCCCCAUCCUCGGCGCCUUGCCCGACGCCAUGCUCAUCCUCGUUUCUGGUCUCUCUGGGAGUAAAGAAACUGCUCAAAGUCAGGUGUUAAUUGGAAUGGGAUUGCUUGCUGGGUCAACAGUCAUGCUUCUAACAAUACUCUGGGGAUCUUGCGUCGUCGUUGGCAAGUGUGAUCUUUCGGAGAAUUUGACUUCGGUUGAUUCCCAAGAUACAAAAGGUUUCAGUCUGUUCGGUUCUGGUGUUUCAACUGACAUGCAAACUAGUUAUGCUGCAAGAAUCAUGUCUAUAUCCAUUCUUCCAUUUAUAAUAGUUCAACUACCGAAGAUUUUUCAUUUCCAUUCUGGGCAGCGUUUAGUGGUCUUGCUUGCUCUUAUUGUUUCUGUUUUGCUCGUUCUUUCCUAUUGCCUGUAUCAGGUCUUUCAACCAUGGAUUCAGAGGAGAAAAUUAGCGUAUGCAAAACAUAAGCAUGUAAUCUCUGGAAUCCUAAGGCAUGCUCAGAUGGAAUCACUUGGACGGUUACUUUACGAUGAUGGGACCCCUAAUGUCUCUGUAAUUAAAAAACUAUACCAUAAACUGGACUUGGAUUCAGAUGGUGUAAUCUCGCGUGCUGAGCUAGCAGCACUUAUUGUGGGAAUCCAGUUUGAGGAGAUUGACUUAGAUAGGGAUGAUGCCGUGGACAAAAUAAUGGAUGAUUUUGACACAUCGGGCAAUGCUAUCAUUGAAGAAGAGGAGUUUAUUCAGGGAAUCACAAAGUGGCUUAAAGAGGCGAGACGGACAGUUCCAGCUUCCGGUGCUUAUUCGAAAAAGUUCUUGCAUGACUUCCAUACGCAAACAAAAGAUGAACACAAAAAAUUAAUCGAAAUGAGCGAUGAGGCUGCAGAAAGUGUUGAAAACCCCACCUGGACCUGUGUUCAAGCAGUCUUGCUUUUGCUUCUGGGAACUGUUAUGGCUGCCAUGUUUGCUGAUCCACUUGUUGAUGCUGUCCACAAUUUCUCGAAUGCUACAAAGAUACCUUCUUUCUUCAUUUCUUUCAUCGCAAUGCCCUUGGCUACUAAUUCAAGUGAGGCUGUCUCGGCUAUUAUUUUUGCCAGCCGAAAGAAGCAACGGACUUCUUCGCUCACGUUUUCUGAGAUUUAUGGUGGGGUGACCAUGAACAACACACUGUGCUUGGCCGUCUUUUUGGCCCUCGUCUAUCUACGACACUUAACGUGGGAUUUCUCCUCCGAGGUGCUGAUCAUCCUCAUCGUAUGCCUCGUGAUGGGCCUCUUCACCAGCUUCCGCACGACUUUCCCACUCUGGACAUGCUUCAUCGCCUUCCUCCUCUACCCGCUCUCUCUAGUAAUCGUCUACGUCCUCGACUUCAUCUUUGGCUGGUCGUAGGUUCUUGAUAGAGAGAGAUUCUCGACGCUUAAAGAGGAUGUCAGCAUGGUUUUUGUACAAUUUUGUUUCUUUUUUAUUUCUCGUAUUUCCUGUUACCUAUGUGACGAUUUUGAUUAUUGAUCCCCGAAUGGAGCUUUUGCUGUGUCUAGAAGCUGUAAUUGGCUUGUGCGCGUGUGUGUUCUUUAUAUCUGGAAAUUAGUCAAUCAUGGCUUGUAGCUUUUUGCGUGCUUUAAUGGUUUUGAAUUCUGUAUGCCUCUGCUUAUAGCGACUUGUAAAUGGCCUGAAGAAAACUAUUUGUCCUGUGCACAGUUCUUUGCUUGUUGAUCAUUGAAGGUUUAAUAAAGAAUUGUACUUUUGCUUUUC